AUGGUGGGUUGCACGGACAGGUUCGUUGCCUAUAUGCGCACCCUUGCCCAUCCGAGCAGGCAGGUGCACCAAGCGGUUGCGCAGCCCUUUCAACCUACCGACGUCGAGAAGAAGCACGAAGAGGAAAUCGAUAAACGGACUGCUCUCACCAAGCGUCACGCCGAGGAGCACGCCGACGAGAAGCAAUCUCGCGUUCUUCUACUACAAGCCGCCGCAUUUCGCCAAAAGCUCAGGGAUGUUGAGGCCAAACACGCGAACCAACUGAGGGCAGUUCUGGACGGGCAGGAAGAGCUGAUGAGGCAGAAAGAGGAGCUCGAGAAAAAAAUUGAGAAGCUCGAGAUUGAACAACGAGAAGCGUUCAACAGCUUCACCGCACAGCGCGCCAAACAAAGGAGUAGUCAUCACACGAUCGUAAAAAGGCUCGGAGUUACUCUUCAGAACGCUCUCGGCGGCGUUGCUGAGCGCAAGGGUAAAUGGUUUCGACCAGCUAAGCAGGAUGUCACCUCCGAGAUCAACGGCCUGGUCUUCAUCAUUGGAACUAUGACAGACCUUUUGGAUCGUAUGAUGGCGGUUCUGCUCGAGGCCAGCCAAGAGCUUGAGUUGGGCGAGGACUAUCCCGGGGAAGAGUUCAUGCUAGCCCGAGUGCUCGGCUCCAUGAGGAGACGCAUCCUAGCCUCAGAGAAACUGAAAAGCGGUCUACACCAUCAAAUAGACCGACGAGUUCCUGAAAUCCUUGAAAGAGCGUUGCCCUCAUCUGACAGCAUCGAGCUCAAGCUCGACUCCUUGUUCGACCGGGUCGAUACUGCUUUCCGCGCUCAGAAGAAGGCGGCGCUUGAUCAAAAGAAUAUGGCGGUUACUAUUCUUGAGUGCGAGUUGAACGCCUGCUUCGAAGUUGCUUACACCGCUUUACCACAGCUCGAUGUCUGCGACGGCAGUUUACAAGAACGAUUCAAGUCCUUCUGGGACCUUUUUGCCGCUCAGCACAACCACGACUUCAAGAUCGACCAAAAGCUCAUAACUGAGCUUCGUGCAUCCGCGAAUAAAAACUCCAUGAGCCUUUCUAGACAUGGUCGAAAACUAGACCUAUGCGUGCGCUCUUACAUCAAUGCCGUUGACGAUAGGCUUGGGUCAGUCCCUCGUUACAGGGAGCUCGCCGCCCCUGCAUAG